AUGGCGUCUUUCAUGGUCUCUCUGUGGGAGUCCAUCUUCACACCCGGGCCUACACCUACCCUGCUCAUUGCGACCAAUGCUACGUUCGGCGCGCUCCAACUCCUCCUAGUGAUCCUCCUCUUCUUCACCGGCUCGAUCCACUUCGCUAUCCUCUCCGUCCUCUGUGGCGGUCUAUGGUUCGGCAUCAACUGGUUCGCCAAAGAAGUCGCAGCCGCCAAAGCCGCCGAAGAUGCCGAUGCCUCCGAGAAAACGAAGAGACAGACCUCACCAGAUCCUAUGGGGACAGAUGUAGGAGCGCGACGAGGGGGCGGCGACAGACAGAGACUACAGGGAACUUCGGCGAAAGACCAGGCAGCAAGUGCUGCUAUGCCCCCGCCUACAACCAAGCCACUGCCGAAGCCCGCUGCAGUUACGCCGUCUGCACCUCCAUCUCAGCCGAGCAGUCAAGGCAAUAAUCAGGGCGCCGCUUCGACACAUCUAUCUCCACCCUCAUCCCAUGGCAAAGACCUCGACGACGUGAGUCCCGGGGCUACAGCAGUCAGACGACGCAGCCUCGGCGACAGUUCAGGCUACGUUAGCACCGAUAGCGAAUGGGAGAAGGUCAGUGAAGGUGAAGACGGAAAGUGA